GGUUCGGCAAGAGGAGCAAAAGGACAGGAUCAGAGCUAUGCUGACUGAUCAGGAACGGGAUCAGACUGCUGCAACCGCUGCAGGUGAAGCCUCGUCCAGCCACUCUUACAGCCAAUCAGAAGAAGCCGAUGAGAGCGGGAAGAAGACCGGCGAACCCGCCAAGUCCCAAACUGAUACAUCCUUAUUCGGCCCUUUCCCGGAGAAACAGAAUGACAACGCCGCUCCGAAGAAGGUUGCUCAACCCAAGUCGACCGGCCUGAAGCCACUCAGCCCCGCAAACAGACAAACCAGCAACACCAAGAAGCGGGCCGAUUCGAAGGCACCAACCCGCAGCAAGGCUCCCGAGCAGGCCAAACGCCCUGCGCCGAUCCAGACCUCAGAAACCGGCUCGACUUCCGUCCCGUCUGCACCAGGUGCUAGCCUCCCUAGCGGGCCCCUGACGCCGUCAAAGCGGCCUGCGACACCUCCGAAAACGCCUGCACUUAAGCGCAGCAAGCCAGGCCCCACCGCGGAGGAGCAACAGUCUAUGGAUGCCGAGAUUGUAGCGGCGAGGGCGAAGCUGCUUGCUGCACGUCAUAAGAGGGAGGAGAUUGAGAAGCGGAAGGAAGAGGGUAAACGCUUCGUGGAGAAGAAGAAGGAAUUGGAUGCUCUCAUGAAAGAAAUCCAAGAGGAGGAAAGACUGGCAAAGGAGGCUGAAUUGGAGGAUGAGGAAUGGGACUUUGAGGUGGUGGAAUAGGCUUUGAUGGCAGUCUAGAGGGGUCAUUAUCCAGCUGUCGAUGAUGUCAAAGCUCGGAGGUUGCAAAUUGGGAUCGUGGUUUGGGGGUUAUUCGGAGGGCGCUUGGUGGCUUCCAUGAGGUCGAUGGCAUGGCGAUUGGAUGGUGUCUGGGCUGCGAUUCUGGGUUGCUCGACUGAGGAGAUCUUGUGGCGUGCUAUCUUCUGAUGGGCUGCCGGUAGAUCUUCUGCGACAGAGCGUGAGGUGAACUGCCUCACUUUGCCUUCUUUUCCUUCUCUUUGCGACUGCUUUGGGCAUGUCAGAUAGACACAUUACUCCAACAAAUGGGGAAACAUUUCACAAAACCCUCUACACCCU